AAAUAUUGCUACAUUCCCGCACCUUCCAAAAGAAAAGUACAACAGCACUAUUUUCCUACUGGCGCCAAAAAUGCAGGUGCCAACUUCAAACAACCAAAAAGUGUCAGCAGUACAUAAAGCUGUGGACCACCAGCAUUCCACCACCAACACUCCAGAAUCCCACAGCCACACCACGCCCCCCCCAUGGCCCUGGACCUCAACGUUCCACCAGAAGAAGCAGAGGAAGAAGAUGAUCCUCUAGGAGAUUUAGCUCAUGGCCAUGACCUCCCACCACCUGUUGGAGCCCACCCCCUGGGAGAUAGACAUGGAGCACCUUCUUUUGACCUCAACAUGGCAGCAUACGAAUUAGAUGUGCUGGAUGGGUUCAAUGCACCUGCAGUAGCAACUAACUUGUCGUGCCGCAACAUGGCUGUCGUGCCGCUUGUCAACGCCGCAGGUGCCGGUGCCGCAAGUGCAAGUGCCGGUGCCGCCGUGGCCGCCGCAGCUUCUUUUGACCUCCACAUGGCUGUGUAUGACCCAGAUGAAGUGGAUGGCUUCAAUGCCCCUGCAGCACCAGCAACCUUGGUUUCAAACAUGGAUUUCGAGCAAGAGGAGGCAGAUGAGGACGCCGAUGUGUAUGCGGUCGAUUUUCAUGUCAGCUUCGCCGAAGACGAGCUCCAAUGGUCCACUGAACAUGGCAAUCAAGCUUCUGCGUUCAAUGACGCCGAUGAAACAACCACCUUUGAUCUCAACUUUGCCUUGGACGAAGAGGCGCUCGACGGGUCCAGUGAUGCAGAAAAUGUUGAUCAAGGCAGCCAAACUGAACAUGCCGCCAUGGUGAACAAAAGGAAGAAUUUGUCAGACAACAAAAGACAAGCAAUUUAUGAAGCUUUACUUCUCCGAAGCGUGAAUGGCAAAUUGAAAAGGACCACCACGAUAGUAGCCCAUUUGUUCAAUAUUAAUAGGUGCUAUGUGCAAGCUAUAUGGAGGACAGCGAAGCAGUGCCUUGCUGCAGGUGUACCAGUCUAUGUAUCAUGCAAAAGGAAAAAGAAUUGUGGUCGCAAGAAGGUUGCCAUUGAUAUGUCUAGAAUUGCAACAAUACCUUUGAAUAAAAGGACCACUCUUAGGGCUUUAGCUCAUGAACUAGGUGUGAACAGGUCAACGCUGCACUGCUUGUUCAAACAAGGCAAGAUACGUCGACACUCUAACACUCUCAAGCCAUAUUUGCGAGACGACAACAAGAAGACACGGCUGCAAUAUUGUCUAGGUAUGCUAGAUGCAGGUACAUUGCAGUUUAUUGAUAUGAGAAAUAUUAUUCACACAGAUGAGAAAUGGUUCAACACCACCAAAAAAGCAAAGAGAUUCUACAUGCUGCCUGAGGAAGAGGAUCCAUUAAGAACAAUUCAUAACAAGAAUUCUAUUCCUAAAUGUAUGCUCCUAUGUGCUGUAUGUCCACCAUGAUAUAAUGCUGAAGGGUAAUGCUACUUUGAUGGCAAACUAGGCAUAUGGCCCUUUGUGAGACAGGUGUAUUUCUAAUGACCAAUGCAGAUGUUUUUUUGUUUGUGUUUGACCAAGGUAGUCAAUUUAAUUCUGUUGUCCCAUAUUUCAGGAACCAACGCAAAGAGGAGGCAAAUAUAGAGACAAGGGUACUCCAAUCACAAAACCAAUCAAUGCGACAAGGGAUGUUAGUAGAAGCUACCUUAUCACAAAGGUUCUUCCAGCUAUUGUUGCAAAGUAGCCCCGCGAAGCUAGAGGAGAGACAAUCUGGAUCCAACAAGAUAACGCACGCACACAUAUAGAACCAAAUGAUGAGGCAUUUUGUCACGCAGUUCGCCAAACAGGGAUAAACAUUCGUAUCUUCAACCAGCCAGCUAACUCACCGGAUUUGAAUGUUCUAGACCUGGGUUUCUUCGCAUCCCUACAAUCCAAGACCUUUUUUACAAGCUCCAAGAACAUGAAUGAUUUAAUUCAGAAUGUACAAAAAGAGUUCAGUAAUUAUGAUGAAUCCAAAAUUAGAAAUGUCUUCUUGACUCUACAAGGCUGCAUGAUAGAAGUCAUGAAAAAAGGAGGAGGAAACGGUUAUAAGAUCGCCCAUAUGAACAAGGAAGCGCUCGAGGCUGCAGGAAUGCUUCCCAACAGCCUUAGCAUUGAUCGUGAGCUUUAUCAUGCUGUCCUACAAUAAUUGUAUGCUGCAUAAUGGGGGAAGAAAGAAGGAUAUGUCUUUUGGUGUACAUAUUGCUGGUUCAUGAGAGGGGACGAGAGGAGGUUAUGUCUUUUGGUGUAGAUAUCGCUGGUUCAUGAGAGGGGAAGAGAGAAGGAUAUGUCUUUUGCUGUAGAUAUCACUUGGACAAGGUGGACUAGGACUAGGACUUUUGCUGGAUAUAUUUUGUAUAUUGCAGCCUAGGCAUUUGGAAGUGGCUGCACAACUCGUUUGCAUGUAUAUACAAUCAUAUUUUGUAAAUGAUUAAACUGUCCCGGCACAAUGACCAUGAAUUAUGUUAGACCUGUUACAACA